AUGUUUUUUUUUGUUUGGUUUUUUCUUUAUCGGUUUACUGUAAUUUACUCCCGAGGAAUAAAGCUGUAAACACAACCGAGCGGAUAUCGGAAAGGAUUACACUGAUGACGAGCGCAGGGAGAUUUUGUUGUUGUUGUUUGCUCCUCUGUCGGGACCGGAUUUUGUUCCGCGCGCGCCGGUCGGGGUUUUUCCGCCCUGCGCUGGAUGGAUAUUCGGAGAACCCCGUCUGUUUAAAAAAGAGGGGCGCCAUGCGCAGCAAAACAGCACUUCCUCGUACUAGUGCCUUUCAAUCCCCGCCCUACUAUUAACAACGAAUCAAAGUGUGUGUGGGAGUGUGUGUUUGUCAGUGUGUGAAAGUGUAUUUAAAGAGCGCGAGCGCUUUGUGCCGAUUGCGCAAACGAGCGGGCUGUCGGAGCAUCACCGCCUGCAGGAGCGAGCAGGUGCGGCGCAUGCGCAAAGGGAUGAAUGUAGAUGGGGACUGCAGUAUGUCAGUCAACUGCGGCAAUGGCAAGCUCCGGCAGUGGCUCAUCGAGCAGAUCGACAGCGGUGAGUACCCAGGCCUGGUGUGGGAAAACGAGGAGAAAACCAUCUUCAGGAUCCCGUGGAAGCACGCGGGAAAGCAGGACUACAACCGAGACGAGGAUGCGGCACUGUUCAAGGCCUGGGCUCUGUUUAAAGGGAAGUACAGGGAGGGUGUGGACAAGCCGGACCCCCCGACGUGGAAGACGAGACUCCGCUGCGCCCUCAACAAGAGCAACGACUUCGAUGAACUUGUGGAGAGAAGCCAGCUGGAUAUAUCGGACCCUUAUAAAGUCUACAGGAUCAUCCCUGAGGGAGCGAAGAGAGGCUCCAAGUCCAGCAGCAUUGAGGACAGCUCAACACACGUUACGCCUCUCAUGCACCCCAUACACUCUCCCUAUCCUCCUCUACAGGCUCAGAUGUCUAGCUACAUGCUGCCGCAGGACAGGAGAGACUGGAGAGACUUCGGUCCUGAGCAGACACACCAUCCGCCGCCGCAUGCGGAGUUACCGUACGGUCCGUAUUCGUCCCGGCCUCUGCAGUGGCACACGCAACCCUGUGACAACGGGUACCAGAUAUCCGGAUCCUUCUACACGUACACUCAUUCAGAGUCGCAUCCCGUGUCAGUGGACCCGAGUAUGAGAUCUGCAGAGGCAUUGGCGAUCUCUGACUUCCGCCUGCACGUGUCACUGUACUACCGCGAGUCUCUGGUAAAAGAGGUCACCACCACCAGUCCUGAUGGCUGCCGGAUCUCGUCCUCUCCCUCCCCAUCCUCUCCGCCCUCCCCUUCGUCCCCGGGCGCAGAGGAGAGGCUCUUCGGCAUGCCUGAACCCGUGCUCUUCCCGUAUCCAUACCCUCAGUCACAGAGGCGCGGUGCUGAUAAGCUUCCCAACGUGCUGGAGCGUGGUGUGCUGCUCUGGCUCACGCCUGACGGACUCUAUGCCAAGCGCCUGUGCCAGGGCAGGGUGUACUGGGAAGGACCGCUUGCGCCGUACUCGGACAAACCCAACAAGUUGGAGAAGGAGCAGACCUGCAAGCUCCUGGACACACAGCACUUCCUGUCAGAGUUUCAGGGUUACCUCCAUAACGGACGCCCGAUGCCCAGGUACCAGGUGGUACUCUGCUUUGGAGAUGAAUAUCCAGAUCCUCAGCGACAGAGCAAGAUGAUCACAGCUCAGGUGGAGCCGAUGUUUGCCAGACAGCUGGUGUACUACACCGGUCAGACCAACGGGCAUUACCUGCGGGGUUACGAGCUGCCCACUCAGGGAACUCUGCCCGUGGAGGACUAUCCGAGAAGUCUGCAGCACAUGCAGGAGUGACGUCACAACCCGAACUGCCUGAAGCAGACUUGUUCAAGGACGCUCAUUUUCCUCCAAUCUGCGCUGUUUCUCAUCUCCAAAAAUCCUUCCAGACCCAGCAGACAGGAGGAGACGGGACGAAGAGGUAACUGCGUGUCAGAUCCCUGUCUACCUUCAACAGACUCGUGAACAGUAAACUCAAAGCUGUGCGCCAAAGAGGCAUGAAAUGAAAUACUGAUCAAUGCUAUAUACAGUAUUAUAAAUAUGUAUUCCAAACUGUUAAAUACUGUCCUUGGUAACUUUUUUUUAAUUCAAAAUUUGUACUACUUUUAUACUGUGUGCAGAAUGUUCAUUUAAUUUCCCUUUUUUUUCCCUUUGAAAAUCAGCAGCCUUUUCUUUGCAAUAGAAAAAUCAAGCUAAAAAUGCUUCCUUUUUACAGCUUGAUCAAUCGUCUAUUUAUAUUUGUACUGUAUAUUGUGUGUGUGUGUGUGUGUGUGUGUGUGUGGUGUGCGUUCUGUAGGCGUCUAAUCUUGAAUGUAAUUUUCCUUGAAUGAAUUCUCUGUUGAAGAGCCCAAUACUAAGAAAUUGAGCUUUGAGACUUACUGUUAUUCACAAGCCUGAACCUUUAAUCAGAGACAUCCAUCUUUUUCUGGUGCUCAGCAUGUGUAUGUGUGUGUGUAUGUGUGUGUGUGUGUGUGUGUGUGGUAGACUUACUGCUGAUGGGAAACUGUCACAUGCAGGUUACUGGCCACAAUGCUGUGGUGAAACAGUGUAGAAAGGUCGAGAAAGGAGGGGAAAGACACCAGUAUCUCUAUUUUUCUAUUUUUCUCUCUUUAAAAAAAAAUCAGGAACGUUUUGUAAAGCUGUUUUUUAUCUUGUUAUUAUUACUUUUCUGUAAUCAUGUGAUGAAUGAAAAUAAAGAUUUCUCUGUUUCAUAA